AUGAGAAAGGACAUGACUGUCGAUGUUCCCCGUUUACACAAAUCGCCCCGAUUGUGGGGUUAUGAACCAACAAAUCCGGCAAGAGAACUACAUAACGAAUUUCUCCGCCUACGCAAAGCCCCUCCAUUUCUGGUUUAUGAACCGACUAAUACGGAAAGCGAGUUGCCUGAGGGUUCUUCUCGUGAUGAAGAUAACAAAUCACCUAUGCUUCUAAUCCGCGAAUGA